AGGAAAGAGGGAGCAAAGCUUACAGGCACACAUUGAGCGACAGACAGCGGGGAAAGAAGAGAAGGACAGACAGACAAAGAGAAUAAACGUAUGGACAGACGGAGAGUGGAGGAUUUUCAGAGCCAGUGAGCCUAACAAGAAAAGUGAACAACCACUGUGCCCCUGAAAAGGGUGAGUGAAGGAGGGAGAGAAAAAGGGAGGGAGGAGGGCUGUGCAGACAGAAGAUGAGCGAGAGGUGAGAUGGAGGGAUCUGCAAAAGUUGAGGGACCAAAAUAGCUCAUGGACCGUGGACAGUUUUGUAACAGUCGUGUGAGAAUUGUGGAGACAAUAAAGCAUGUACUGUGCCUGCAGUACAGAGUAGGGUAGGUUUUGGUUUGGCCACAUACAGUUCUAGAACAUGGAGCUACAAUUCUGUGAAAGAGGUGAACGAUUUUGAACUUUGAAGUUUUGGGAGGCAAGUACUGACGAAUGAGAAGGAUGAGAGAAAGACAUAGACUGAAAGAGAAAAAUUAAGAAGUGGUAGAAGUGAGACAAAAACAGAAACCAAGAGAGGGGGCCAAAGGGUAAGAGAGAGAGAGAGAGAGACACACACACACACACACACACACACACACACUGUACAGCAUGACGAACGAACAGAUGAGAGUGGAGUAGCGAGUGGAACAGAGGAAAGAGAGAGGGAUCAAGAGAGAGAGAAAGAGGGAGGGAGAAAGAGAGUGACAGACAGGGAGUAAGAGGGAAAAAGACGGGGCAGUGUAAACUACAGGAAGCCACCGUGUCAAACAAACAGGGGACUAGAAGACCUCCAGUCCAGAACCAGCCACCAGCCUCCAGUCUCCAUUGACUUCAGGGAGUUGCAACGCCUGCUGGACAGCAUGUCGGCGAGCCCUGGUCCUCGUGACUCAGACCUACUUCUGUUGGAACUCCAGGCCCCAGGGCCGGUGGGACUGCAGACACUGUUGGACCUGCUAGUGGGGGUGUACCAAGAGUUCCGCUUCUCACCCCUUGCCAGGGAGAAGUACGUUGCGGGCUUCCUGCAGUGGGUGGAGCCCCUGGUGAGGCAGGUGAAGAAGACGCGCAUCAAGAGGGAUGACUUCCACAUCUUGAAGGUGAUUGGUCGAGGGACCUUCAGUGAGGUGGCUGUAGCGAGGAUGCGUAGCACACAGCAAGUGUACGCCCUGAAGAUUAUGAAUAAGUGGGACAUGCUGAAGCGAGGAGAGACAGCUUGUUACCAAGAGGAGAGAGAGGUUCUGCUGAAGGGCGAUCGACGCUGGAUCACUGAGCUGCACUACGCCUUCCAGGAUGACAAUUAUCUGUACCUGGUGAUGGACUACUACGUGGGUGGUGACCUGUUGACCCUGCUCAGUAAGUUUGGCGACCGUAUCCCUGAGGACAUGGCGCAGUUCUACCUGGCUGAGAUGGUCAUGGCCAUUGACUCCAUCCACAGGAUGGGCUAUGUGCACAGGGACAUCAAACCUGACAACAUCCUGCUGACGGCAGAGGGCCACAUCAGGCUGGGGGACUUUGGUUCCUGUCUGAGGGUCCAGGAGGAUGGCAUGGUGCACUCGUCCUUGGCAGUAGGCACACCCGACUACCUGUCCCCAGAGAUCCUGCGUGCGGUGGAGGGAGGGGGAGGCUAUGGCCCUGAGUGUGACUGGUGGGCCCUGGGGGUCUGUGCCUACGAGAUGCUGCAGGGGACCACGCCCUUCUACGCAGAGUCCAUCUCAGAGACCUAUGCCAAGAUCAUGAACUUCCAGGAGCACUUUGAGUUCCCCCCAUCUGGCCCCGAGGUUUCAAACAUGGCCCGUUCCCUCAUCAUGGGGCUCAUCUGUGAGAGGGAGGAUCGUAUGGGGGCUGGGGGCUCUGGAGACUUCAGGGGCCACCCUUUCUUCUGUGGACUAGAUUGGGGCUCCCUGCAUGAACUUCCAGCACCCUUCGAACCUGAAGUCUCCAACGCCACUGACACUUCCAACUUUGACGUGUUGGACGACUGCCUCAGUGAAAUGGAAACACUGAGUGACGUGAUGGACAGGGCCCCUAUCGGUGUUCACCUGGCUUUCGUUGGCUACUCCUACACAGCUACAAGACAGACAGGUGCCUUGGACCGCAGUUGUGACAUCAUGAUGGAGAUUGACCACCAGCGGCAUCAAGGGUUGCCAAGCCUCAAUUUCCAGGACAAGCUGAGUCAGAUGUGGCAGCUCAGAGACGCUCUGACAUCUACUGACAGCCUGCCUGCCCUUCUUGAGCUCCCCCUAGCCUUGGAGCAGGGUACUGCAGAGUCCACUCACACCACGAUAGAGGAGGACGAGGAGGAGACAGACCAGAAUUCAGGACUUGAUGAGGACCUGCACAGACGGCUACAUGAGGCAGAGAAGAGGAAUGGAGAUCUGGAGAAGGAGAUGGAGAGUCUAAGGGUGGAGAUUGGGGGCCUGAAGUCCUCCAAGGAGACAGAACUGCGUGUCUGCCCGUCGUCUCUUUCUCUGCCUGCCCACUGUCUGGACAAUACGAGUGCGGCAUGCUGUGCUGUGCUGUGCUGUGACUCGCACACAAAAAAAGGCUGCAUCUAUACCACGGCCUACAAUCCUGUUCAGUGGCUGACUGUGAGUGUGUUUCAGGGAAAAAGAUCACCCCCUGCCUGUCACUACCCGCUGGUGAUCCCUCUCCACCGCCACCUGCUGCUCUUCCACAGGGUGCGCUGGCCACAGGAGAGGACUGAGUCCUACCUGUUAGUGUGUGCGGAGGGGGGAGAGCCCCAAGCCUGGGACAGACACUGCUGUGCUGAAAUCUCCUGAACCCCCCCACCCCCACCCUCACUAUAGUGGGGAAUGACAGACUUCUCUAUUCCACCGAGGAGUCCUAUUACAGUAUCUUGGAAUGAGAGAGUUUUGAGUAUGGUGGGUGGGUGGGUGCUAAAGACAAUGCUACUCAUGGCACUGAGCAGAGUACUGGGGCAUAAAUAAACUGAGAGCAAUUGGGACAGCAGAACUGGAAACUUGCAGGAAGUUGGACAGACAUGGGAAAGCUAAUGACUGUCACUAGAAGGAAUGAGGAGAUAUAAUAAUCAAAUGAAGGACAUCUCCUAAACUACCAAUGGGACAGAGGUAAAAGUGAACACUGAAAACAAAGAAGACACCAUAGAAAAAAGACAUUGCUGGUUUGAGUGACAGCCAGGGGGGCCAAUCAGUAUCCUCCAUAAGCCAACACUCUCCAGCCCACCUGGACAUUGAUGCAUUUUGCCCAAUAUUAGUGGCAUGACUUAUUAACAGCACCAUCUAAUGGUUAUUUACUGUUUGAGUUCUCCAUUGUACUUUGUAUCUAUGCUUCUAAGAGUGGAUUGUGUUGAGUCGUCUGAGAGAUAUUUGUUGCACUAGACUAGAGGCUCUGAUUUAAAGGCAUUUUAGAUAAGCCUGUUUGGAGUACAUAAAUCACAGCUACAGUACAAUAUUGAGCGAGCGCUGACUGAAGGUUAAGGAUAGAGUAACCUUGUCCCCAGGCUAUUGGGAACAGAGCAUAUAAGCCUGGGAUAUCAACGAGACUUAAACAUCACGAGACUUCCGGGAAUGCUUGCGAAAUAGACCAAACAGACCAGGCCGGGGGUUGGUGUUUGAGAAGAAAAUGAUUCCUUAGUUGUUCAUUUUCUCAAAAUCUAAAGGCACAACCUAGAUUCGAGUCAAUGUCUUAAGUAGUUGAACAUGUUACUAAUCCAACCUUGUGAAAUUGACAACUUAUAUUAAAGGGGUGGCUUUUAUUAGUCAGCCUGCACAUGCAGUUCGGCCCGAGACGACCGUUAGACCUGGGCUGCGGUCCAAACACUUAAAAGACAUACCCUCGUCCACUUGCCCUCGUCUUAAGCCCUUGGAGAAAUCCCCGUCGCCAUUUUGGAGAGUGGUCCAAAUGUUUAGCCAAGCAAGGGAAAUUUGCAACAUAAGCCCGUCAGCUCUCGUUUUAAGUCGGCUUUGCGAGUGUACAAUUAUGCUCACUCCAGGGCCUGAAACUCCCCAUAAUUCAAUUUGCGACGAUUAUACAUCCGCUAAGAAAAGUCAGCGAAAACUUAAAAACAACAUCAAUGGAGAAGUCAACAUAAAAGUGUGAGUAAAAACGAAUGCAAAUAAGUUAGAAAUUGUGCUACUAAUGCACAUGACGGCACAAACACGUCUCAUAAAAAGUAAAUAUGUUUUUGUUUGGUUAUCUUUUGGAAAUUGUAGAAAUAAAACAUUCUCCUUCAGAAGUUCCAGCUAGACAGGCUAACGUUAGAUAGGUCAUUCAUUUGCUAGCUAUUAUACAGUAGGCGUAUAUUAAUAAUGAAUAUUUAAUAUACACUACCGUUGAAAAGUUUACCGUCACUUGGAAAUGUCCUUGUUUUUUAAAGAAAAGCACUUUUUUUUGUCCAUUAAAACAUCAAAUUGAUCAGUAAUACAGUGUAGACAUUGUAAUGUUGUAAAUUACUAUUGUUGUUGGAAACGACAGAUUUUUUAUGGAAUAUCUACAUAGGCGUACAGAGGCCCAUUAUCAGCAACCAUCACUCCUGUGUUCCAAUGGCACGUUGUGUUAGCUAAUCCCAGUUUAUCAUUUUAAAAGUCUAAUUGAUCAUUAGAAAACCCUUUUGCAAUUAUGUUAGCACAGCUGAAAACUGUUCUGAUUAAAGAAGCAAUACAACGGGCCUUCUUUAGACUAGUUGAGUAUCUGGAGCAUCAGAAUAUGUGGGUUCGAUUACAGCCUCAAAAUUGCCAGAAACAAAGACCUCUCUUCUGAAACUCAUCGGUCUAUUCUUGUUCUGAGAAAUGAAGGCUAUUCCAUGCAAGAAAUUGCCAAGAAACUGAAGAUCUCAUACUGUGUACUACUCCCUUCACAGAACAGCGCAAACUGUCUCUAACCAGAAUAGAAAGAGGAGUGGGAGGCCCCGGUGCACAACUGAGCAAGAGGACAAGUACAUUUGAGUGUCUAGUUUGAAAAACAGACACCUCACAAGUGCUCAACCGGUAGCUUCAUUAAAUAGUACCUGCUAAACACCAGUCUCAACGUCAACAGUGAAGAGGAGACUGGGAUGCUGGCCUUCUAGGCAGAGUUCCUCUGUCCAGUGUCUGUGAUCUUUUGCCCAUCUUAAUAUUUUAUUUUUAUUGACCAGUCUGAGAUAUGGCUUUUUCUUUGCAACUCUGCCUUUUGGGUGGAAGUGUCUGGGAACGAGAUUAAGGAUGGAGAGAUCUGAGGCAUGUGUGUCUGUUAACGCUUUCUGGCGUUGUAAAGUUGGGAUUAGGUCUGGUCCAGGGUGUUACAUGCAGCUUGCUGACAGUGAGCCUUCCUACAAACAGGAAGGCUAAGCACCAUAAUGACCUUGACCAGAGAUAGGUUACACUAUAGAUGAUGUGUACUAAGGAUAUAUGUUGGAGAGCUAUGGGACAUAAGUCCAGUAUAGCCAAGUAACCAACACAAGGCUAUUGGUUUGAAUCCCAAACUAUGUGUCCUGUACUAGCUAUUAUGCUGUCAACAUGCUUUUGUAUAUACUCCUUGCUGUUUGGUAAGCCAUUUUAAAUCAUAUAGGCCUAAAAUGUUCCUUUGGACAUUGAGGCAUGUAAGAGAAUUAUACUGGAUUUUGAGAGAAACUGUAUAGAGUACCACAGUAUGAGUCAUAAUACCCACAAAACCUAGCCGUCAAAUAGGGAAAUGGUUCCAAUCGUUUUUUUUCACCAUUCAUUUUUCCCGUAGGGGAUUUUAGAAACACUUAUAAUAAGGGCUGUGUUUUGUGCAGGCUUACCCUGGCGUGAUGUUUUGAUAGAUGUGUAAAUCUCUCUAGGACAAAGUGACUUAAAUCAAUAUAUUUACCUGUUUGACCUCUAGGGUUAUGGGUAUUAUGACACCUUCAUCGUGGGGCUGUAUACUACAAUAUAUGCACUGUGUACUGUAGGUUGCAAGGCCUUUUGUAUUUGAGCAAUACUUGAGAUGUGCAUGAGGAAGAGCACGAUUGUCACUCACUGGGUACGAUAAAAUGUCAUACAUA